UAGUGGGAAAAGUGGGGGUGGAAAUGAAAAUUUGCUUUCUGUCUCUUUUCAUCAUAGGGAUUUGGGGAAUUAGGGUUCGUCGGAGUAGGGAUGGAGCAGCCGGACGGCGGCGGCGAUGGGAAGCGGAAAGAUGAUGCUGCAUCUUUUACGAUCAGAGUGCCGUCGUACGAGGAGGUGGUCGAGGCUUCUCAAUCCAGGACUGCUCCGCAGUCUCUGUUUACCCCGUCAUUUUCUCAGGCGUUUAAUUUUGUAAAGAAUUCGGAGUUCUACGAGACUCCGGUUCCGGCGCCGGCGCCGGCGUCCUCUUCUCAGACUUCUCAAGCUUCUCCUUUGACUUCCCAGACACCGCCUCCAAGGCAGAUUGGACAAUCAGAAGGUCCGUCUACUUCAGUUUCUACAUCCGGAGGGAAUCGGAAUGCUAUCCUAGUUAGUCAUAGGCAGAAGGGAAAUCCACUAUUAAAGCAUAUACGGAAUGUGCGGUGGGCUUUUGCUGAUGUUGUCUGCGACUACGUAUUGGGACAGAAUGCUUGUGCUCUUUAUUUGAGUCUUCGUUAUCAUCUUCUGCAUCCGGAUUACCUGUAUUUUCGGAUAAGGGAACUGCAGAAGAACUUUAAGCUUCGUGUUGUACUAUGCCAUGUCGAUGUGGAAGAUGUCGUCAAACCUUUGCUAGAGGUCACCAAAACAGCUCUACUCCAUGACUGCACUCUUUUAUGCGGUUGGAGCUUGGAAGAAUGUGGUCGCUACUUGGAAACCAUCAAAGUUUAUGAAAAUAAGCCUGCCGAUCUUAUUCAGGGUCAAAUGGAUAUGGACUACCAAUCACGGUUACAUCAUGUGCUCACAUCAAUUCGCCAUGUUAACAAGACAGAUGUUGUUACUCUCGGGUCUACAUUUGGUUCCCUUGCAAAUAUCAUGGAUGCUUCCAUGGAAGAUUUAUCCCGUUGCCCAGGCAUAGGUGAAAAAAAGGUAAAGCGCCUAUAUGAUACUUUCCAUGAGCCAUUCAAGCGCACUGUUCCCACGCACACACCUGCUGCCGGAAACCUUACUGAUGCCAAUACUGCUCCUGCUCCUGCCCCAGACACUGAAGAAAAUGAAGCCAAAAAGAAAAGUCCAAGAGCGAGCAAGCGCAAGAAGAUAGAACCCGAGGUAAGUGUAAAAUCAGCCCUGAAAGCUGCAUUCGCCAAGUAUCCUCGUAAAAAGAAGGAUCCAUCCGAGGCAGACGAAAAGGGAAAAGGAACAAAUGAAAAUGACGACCAUAGUGGAAACCGGGACCGGAAGAGCCACUUUAAGUAAGAUUUGGAUAACAAGGUUCAAUCGGUAGGAUUUGAACUGGAUUUGAAUUGGUGACCUUGCAAUCGAUCACUACUUGACUGUGGGGGCAUGUUAGGCUUUUUAUUUGUAGAUGAUGUUGGAUGUUGUUGAGCUUGUACACGAAUCGAAUUGAAAUGUAUUUUCUAUUCAGCCUCCGAA